CCAGUCCCCGCCCGUCCCGUCGCGUCCUCUGGACCCUAUUUAAGCGUGGCGGGGCGAAGGCCGGGUCACGGUGAUCCGGGCCGUAGAGCUAGCUGCGUACCCAGCUCUCCGGAGCGCGUGCAGCCGAGCGCCCCGGUCGCGGUUCCCGGGUAGGCGCUGCGGGCUCCCCGGCUCCCCGCCGUCCUCGGCACCCGGGCGGGCCAUGCGCCCGGGCUAGAGCGUAGCCGCCGGCAUGCCUCUCCCGCUGCUGCUCGCCGCGCUCUGCCUCGCCGCCUCCCCGGCGCCCGCGCGCGCCUGCCAGCUGCCGUCGGAGUGGAGACCCCUGAGCGAAGGCUGCCGCGCCGAGCUGGCCGAGACCAUCGUGUACGCCAAGGUGCUGGCGCUGCACCCUGAGGUGCCCGGUCUCUACAACUACCUGCCGUGGCAGUACCAAGCUGGAGAGGGAGGGCUCUUCUACUCCGCCGAGGUGGAGAUGCUGUGUGACCAGGCGUGGGGCAGUAUGCUGGAGGUGCCUGCCGGCUCCCGGCUCAACCUUACGGGUCUGGGCUACUUCUCCUGCCACUCCCACACGGUGGUCCAGGACUACUCCUAUUUCUUCUUUGUAAGGAUGGAUGAAAAUUACAAUCUCUUGCCACACGGAGUCAAUUUCCAAGAUGCCAUCUUUCCAGACACGCAGGAGAACAGGAGGGUGUUUUCCAGCCUUUUCCAGUUUGCUAACUGUUCCCAAGGGCAGCAGCUGACAGCUUUCUCGAGUGACUGGGAGAUCCAGGAGGACAACAGGCUCAUGUGUUCCUCGGUGCAGAAGGCCCUGUUUGAGGAAGAGGACCAUGUCAAGAAGCUGCAGCAGAAGGUGGCCACCCUGGAGAAGCGCAACAGGCAGCUCCGAGAGCGGGUCAAGAAGGUCAAGAGAUCUCUGCGGCAGGCACGGAAGAACAGCCGCCACCUGGAGCUGGUGAACCAAAAACUCAAUGAGAAGCUGCGGGGUGCAAGUGCUCAGCAACACAUCAACGCUCUGGGCCGGGAGCCCGCGCGCGCCCCCUAUCUGCGUGGGUAGCAGCUGCAGGUGACUGCAGGCCAGCCUUGCCUGUGCCAGCUGACUGAUAACAAAUGCAGGCUCUGCAUAUGCACUCACUUCAAACAUUAGAGGAGAUAUCCGUUAGGCAUUGGUAGAGUCUAACUGGGUAUAGUGGUAAGCGCUUUCUUUCCCAUUGGGUGCUGGCCUUACUGGCUGUUCGGCUUCAGAUCCCACGUGCAGCGUGUCCUCUUUCUGUCCUGGUAAGAGCCUUAAAAACCAGAAGGCAAUAGGAUCUUGAGUCUGGCCCUCAGCCUCUAGGAAGGCCCUUAAUUGGGGAGAGAACAUUCUAGAACCUUGGCAUACACAAAGAUAUCACGGGACUCUUUUAUUUCAGAAGAGAGUCGGCGUUGAGUCUCAGUAACCAGGGCUGGCACACACAUGCACUGUUCUAACACAUUCUGGAGUGUUCUGCCUUUUCUCAUGUUUUUAGAAACAGUGUCUACAUUUGUGCAGGGCACCCACCCGUAGCUCAGUCAGCAUUUCUCCCAUAGCCGAAGAGUGUUAAGACUUAAUGAGUUCAUUACAGGUAAGGGAAGUGGGCCAGGAGCUGAGGCACCUAGUAAUUAGUAAAGAUAAAUUAUAUCUGUUUUCCAACCCCAGCCCCUCAGGGCUGGCAUGAUUGCCUAUAGGAUGUUUUACUCUAAAGAGUAAUUGCAUUUAUGGACAUACCAUAUUUCAUCACCCAUAUUCCCAAAUUGGAAUGAAGCUCAGCCACUGUAGAGUCUUAACUCUGUGUUUGCUCAGCUUGCCAUGUCUUUGAAUUCAACGGCACUGACCCUAACACACUGAGACUUUCUAAUCUACAAACACAUCUCCCUGCCUGGGGGAUGAAGGAAGCUCCCUGCUCCCACCUGGGCUCACAAGGGCCAUUGUCCAGGGAUUCUAACCCAAGCCUCUAUGCAACCUCCAAGCCUCUGCCCCGAAACACACACACACACACACACACACACAUGCACACACACACGCACACACACUCUGCUCAGGUUCCCAUAAAAGGUCUACAUGCACCCCGAUAGGAGUAUUUGCAUAGCAGACACUUUCUUCUAAUCAACAAGGGUGCUCUCACUAUCCUUCCCAUGGCUAGUUUGAUCAUGUCCCAGCUGUGUUCCUGAGAAGUCAGCUGAGUGGCUACUGGCUCAUCUUUUCUGAUAAUGGCCCUCUAGAUCCAAUGUCCUUCCACACUGUCCCACCAACAGAAACAAUCCUCUGGCUCUAUACCAUCAAGCACCCAGAACCCAUUCCAGACACACGAUGUUGAUAAAGGUGGCCAUUACUGUCACACAGCUGCCUUUUGGCUUGUAGGAAGUCCAGGCCUCUGUGAGAAGUGCUUUGUAUCACAAGAGUAUUGGUGGGGGUGGCGAUAAGUCUGUGCCCAUGGCUGGACAGGGCAUGAUGGGAAGGAACUUCUAUUCUGGGACCAAUCUUUAUCCACCCUCCUCAACGCAGCCUCUUUAAGCAGUGCUAUUCAUAAUGUGCUACAUAGGUGUGCCUUCUCAUUAAUUCUCCCUGGGAACAUUAAGUUAAAGCAGUUUCGUUACCGUCCCCCACCCCCCCCCCCAAGGGAAUGGUAAGCUUAGAGGCGAUGGAGCCAUGACUCGGAGAGCUGUGGAGAGCACAGAUGCCUUACGUUCUGCUUUUCCAAUAAACAUGAGCUGCGGUUCCAACAGCUGUAAAAAAGGGAGUGUGUCUUUGGAUCGGGGAGGCUUGAGGAUUUCCAGCUUGAGCCUGGAAAAGUCAUUUAGAGCCUUUAGAGAGAUAGCUGGAGUGACCCUGGAACACUGAGGAGACUGUUCAAGGCUGGUCUCCUGCCCUUCCCUGAUGGAUUCGGUCCAAGUUUCCCUCCCCCAACCCCCGGGUUCAGAUCUCUCAGCGCACCUGUGCUCCUGCUGUGUUGCUCCCAAGGGACAAGUGGUCUCAUUAAUCACUGUCUUUAGAUGUGCACUGAAGUCUUGCUAAAGGAGACUUCUCUAGGUCCCACAAUCUUCUGCCUUGUCAUCUCGCCACUGCCCUUGCCACUUGUUAAUCAUACCAGCGAAAUGUUUAAUGUGCCAUGAAAGGCUGACUCCAGGCGUUGCUCGGAACAUGACACAUUUUCUCCAGUCUGUCCUAGCACCUUCUGUGAAAUGCAGGCUAUUGCUUUAUUUCCUUUCAAGGAACCAGAAGACAAAAUGAAUUUUCCAAAAUCACAUAGUAAGCAAAAAGCAGGUAGACUCAUUUACUCUUUAAAGACUCAUAGAGUCUUUAAAUGACAGUCCCCAAGAAUGUCCCACUGGCAAGGUGUGGACCACAGUGAGUGUGGGUAUGAAGCCCACAGUAUGUUGAAUGUCAAUGAUUUUGGUGGAUUCCCAUUCAGGACACCAUCUCUGCUGUACUGUUUACUCCAUUUUAAAACACCUGUUUUAAACACCAGGCUGUACUGCAUAGUAUGACUCUGACCUGGUAGAAGUUACUGGAAUCCUUGCAUCAGGAGCACAAGACUUAUCUAGUUGGAAGAGACAGACUGAAACUCAAAUCACAAUGGCUUCUAGUCAUAUGGCAGAAUUAGCAAUUCAUGGUCUGCGAGGGGUUUUUACCAACAUCAAGCACCCUAACUGGUGGGGUGGUGCACACCUGGGAUCCUGCACUUAGGAAGCAGAAGUGCUAGUUUGAUGUUAGUCUGAGCUGUGUAGCAAGACCCUGAUCUCACAGCUCGCUCCUAAAACAAUGGAGCACCCUAGUUCACUAAUGUUUGUUCCCACAGGAUAUUUUAUUUAAUAUUCUUAGUAAUUUUAUAAAGUAAAGGAAUCAACAUAAAGGGCCUAAGGUGCAAACUAUAUAGAUGGUGAACUGAGCAUUCAGUUCUGCCAUCGCUCUCUCUCUACUUGCUCACCUAUAGAAUGGGGACAAUCACAUCUCCUUGCCCUGAGAUUAGCUGGAGGACUGGGCUGUCAUUCAGAUGUGCCACACAACUCUGAUACUCUUUUAUGCUCUGUUUAUUCCUUACACUUUUUAUUAUCAAUGGCUACCAGCAAGGUCCAAUAUGUGUCAUAGUAAGGAAGUUUAUCAAACAAUAGAAAUGAGGGAGGGUGACUAGUCAGUCCUAGUAUGUAUACAGAAGUCACAAACUGAUAAUUUUGUACAUAAAUGUGAUAUAAUCAAGCUUGUUGAAAAGAGACUAUUAGGUAGGUUCACAUUUAAUUUUUCUUGCUGAUCUCCAUAUGAAUCUUUGGCUUUUUCUUAUUCUCCAUAAAUCUUUUACUUAAAAAAAAAAUGUCUAAGAUCUCCCUUUCUUCCAUACAGAGGAGUUAGCUGUUCCUCUAAAUUUACAAAGAAAUUGUAACCCAUUCUCAGUGUGCUCCCCCAACCCCUCACCUCCUCCACUCACACCAUAGAGGAUGGCUGCCCCCCUUCUCUCCUACCAUUAAGGGGAGGUCAGUAAGAUGUCCUUUCCCUGGGAUGACGUCAUAAGGCUUGUAAACAACCUCAGACUCAAAUGUUGAAGGUAAGUUAGAGUUGAUGAAAUGAGAUUGUCAUCCCUGUGAUGGUAUUAGCAGCUAUACAAGCAGGAAGAAGAAGGGGGGAGGGUGAGAGGGAUAAGAAGAGGGGGAAAGGAGUAGGGGGAGCGAGAGGGGGAGAGAGUGUUAAGCUGGUACCAUUGCAUAGCUCAAUGUAUGACGUGCUUUCCCAUGCUCUGAUGGUCAAUCACUACCAUCCCAUAUGACGCGCUCUCCCAUGCUCUGAUGGUCACCAGAUAAUCACUACCAUCCCCUUAGGCUUUCCAGUCUCCAGAACCAUGAGAUAAAUAAUCUCAUAUUAAUGAAUCACCACCUCCAGUAUUUUCUUAUAGCAACAGAAAACAGACUGAAACAUCUAAUUCCAACAUUCUCCUCUUUAAUCUCAGAUCUUCAGUGUUGGGGACGUCUGUCUUUACCUUGCAGACAUUCUCAGACCUAUUUGCUACCAUAACAAAGCCAGAAGGAGGCACACCAUCCCCAAGCCCAAGAGUGGUCCACGAUGGCACAGUACUCCCUGACGUCACUGGCUUGCUUCUGCCCUUUAAUCCCCAAUCUCUGUAAGCUCUGUACGUGCUGACUUGCAGCUUCUGCCUCUCAUGGCAUCCUCAGCCUGUGGGGAGGUUCUUAGUCCAGGCUUCUGCUCUCAGGAAGCAGAUGCCAAAGCUGCCUUCUCACAUAUUUUC